ACUUGACAUAAAAGUGAGGAUUUUUAUUUUGGAUGCAAAAAAAAUACACGAAAUAAUUUUUAGUAAUAGUUUAAUUAGUAGAUUUACGUUUUUUUAUACAUUUUUAUUUGAAAUAAUAUGAAUUAAUAAAUCUUAAAACAAAUUGCUAAUCAACUGCUAAUACAAACUUUAAUAAAAAUAUAUUCUGCCUAUUUGAAUGGUUUCUCGACUAAGACUACGACCGUCGCUCGUCGUUCUCGCUCAUAGUAAAAUAUUACGCCCUAAAAUUUUAAUAUUUCUUGAUAAUAUGGGAAUAUUUUUGAAUUUUUAUUGUAAACUAUUUACUGUGAAUUUCUAUUCGAAUAAUAUUAAUAAAUAAAAAAGGAACUACCCUUCAAGUGAUCUUACAAACUUUCUAGCUAAAUUUUUAAGAUAAACGGAAUAAUUUUAAGCUGGAAAAAAGAUAGUAAAGUAAUCACAGUAAAAUGGCCAAGGACUACGAUUAUUUACUAAAAGUUCUUCUUGUUGGAGAUAGCGAUGUUGGUAAACAUGAGAUCUUAUCCGGUCUAGAAGAUGCAUCUUCAGAGAGUCCAUUCUGCAGUGGAAGUGCAUACAAAACCACAACUAUUUUACUAGAAGGUAAAAGAGUCAAAUUGCAGCUAUGGGAUACAUCUGGUCAGGGACGUUUUUGUACAAUCAUUAGAUCAUAUUCGCGAGGAGCACAAGGAAUUAUAUUAGUGUAUGAUAUAACAAAUAAAUGGAGUUUUGAUGGAAUCGAUAGAUGGUUAAAAGAAGUUGAAGAGCACGCUCCAGGGAUACCAAAAGUACUAGUCGGGAAUAGGCUACAUUUAGCAUUUAAACGGCAAGUAGCUGCCAAACAUGCCGAGUUGUACGCCUCUCGAAAUAACAUGUCGUGUUUUGAAAUAUCUCCACUUUGUGAUUUUAACAUAAGAGAAUCGUUUUGCGAAUUAGCUCGAAUGGCUUUACAUAGAAACGGAAUGGAAAGAAUAUGGAGAACUAAUAAAGUUUUGUCACUUCAGGAACUUUGUUGUCGGACGAUUGUCCGACGAACAAGUGUUUAUGCAAUCGAGGCACUACCUCUGCCACCAUCCGUCAAAUCAACUCUCAAGUCAUAUGCACUUACAACGAAUCAAUGUUUCAAUACGCUUACCCAUUCAAAGAGCAAGAAUCGAUGUAAGACACCAACCCAGAGUCAUAAUACAAGAAACAGUUGCAGCAUUUCGUGAUUUUUUUUUUAAAUUAAUUAUUAUUUUUUUUUUGGUUUUAAAUUAGUUCAUUCUCAGCGCGAUUCAUUGAUUGAAACUUUUUUAAAGGCAUAACAACAAAACUAAAACAAAAAAAAACCUAACCUAACAUUAGUAUUUAUUUUACCAAUCAACACACAAAAAACUCGUAUUUAAUGAAUUAAUAUUUAUUUUGUAUUUAAUGUGUAUUUUCAUUAUCAUACAUUCGACAUAUACAUUUAUAUAUAUAUAUAAAGUCUAAUCAUUAACAUUGCUAUGCUUAAGCAGGGUGGUAGUUGGUGUAUUCCUUUGUCGGUUGUCAAAGGGUAGAAAUCAUUUUUAAAGUGAUUUCUGUUCUUAAAGUUUUUAAAAACAAUGUAAUCAAUUUAAUAUUAUUAGAUCACUCCGCUACCACCAAAGCAUCUAUAGUUAACUAUAUUAUAAAGAAAAUGUAAAAUAUAAUCAUGUAUAUAUUAUAUAUUUUUUAAUAUACAUCAAAUGAAUACAUUACGAA